UGAAUUGGCAUCAAAACGCUCACAUUGCGCAUUUGCUUUACCCACGUGAACCGCAGACAUAAUCAUUGUUUUUUAUUGAAAUAACCGAUCGCAAAUAUUGGAACAUGGGUAUUUUGGGACUUUCAAAAUUGAUCGCGGAUGUUGCUCCCGAAGCAAUUAAAGAGUGCGAACUGAAACAUCUUUUUGGUCGCAAAAUUGCUAUUGAUGCUUCUAUGUGUUUGUAUCAAUUUUUAAUAGCUGUCAGAUCGGAAGGUGCCCAACUAACUUCUGUGGAUGGUGAAACUACAAGUCAUCUUAUGGGUACAUUUUAUCGAACAAUAAGAUUGGUGGAAAAUGGUAUAAAACCGGUUUAUGUUUUUGAUGGUAAACCGCCUACAUUAAAAGGUGGAGAAUUAGCUAAGCGGGCUGAAAGAAGAGAAGAAGCUCAAAAACAAUUACAAGCAGCUGAAGAAGCUGGCAAUGCCGAAGAUGUUGAUAAAUUUAAUCGUAGACUUGUUAAAGUUACCAAACAACAUGCUGAAGAUGCAAAACAACUGCUUAAAUUGAUGGGCAUUCCGUAUAUUGACGCUCCCUGUGAAGCUGAAGCUCAAUGUGCUGCAAUGGUAAAAUCUGGUAAAGUGUAUGCAACAGCAACUGAAGAUAUGGAUGCAUUAACAUUUGGAAGCAAUGUUCUAUUGCGUCGUUUAACGUUUAGUGAAGCAAGAAAGAUGCCAAUUCAAGAAAUUCAAUAUGAUAAAGUAUUACAUGGACUGCAACUUAACAAAGAAGAAUUUAUAGAUUUAUGUAUCAUGCUAGGAUGUGAUUACACAUCGAGCAUCAAAGGAGUUGGCCCAAAAAGAGCAAUAGAGCUGAUUAGAAACCACAAAUCUCUUGAAAAGAUUCUUGAUAAUUUGGAUACUAAAAAGUAUCCAGUACCAGAAGAUUGGAACUAUAAAGAUGCUAGAAUGCUAUUUAUAGAACCAGAAAUAAAAGAUCCUGAAGAAGUUGAUUUAAAGUGGAAUGAUCCAGAUGAAGAUGGCCUUGUUCAAUUUUUAUGUGGUGACAAGCAAUUUAAUGAAGAAAGAGUAAGGAAUGGAGCCAAAAAAUUGGUGAAAGCUAGGCAUACAGGUACUCAAGGAAGAAUUGAUUCAUUCUUUAAAAUUCUACCUUCUACUACACCUCAAAAAAGAAAACAGACUGAUGAUAAAAAAACUUCAAACAAAAAGGCAAAAACUACUGGAGGUGGCAGAGGUCGAAAACCAAAAUAAAUUUUUAAAUUAUAAAUUCAUUGUUUCAUUUUGCUGUUGGUUGAGUAAAGUGAGUUUUUGAAACUCUAUCAUCAUUACUUUUAUCUCAUAUGCUUGAAUAUUUUAGAUUUGUACAUAUUUUUAUAAUUAAAUUUUUCCACAAAA